UGGUCACAUUACAAAUGCACUUACUCCAAAACAACAACUUUAUAGUUCGAAGAAACAAAACUGCUACAUUCGAAUUAAAAAAUAAUGUGAGCAAACGAAAAUGAACGCAUAAUUAAAUUGAAAUUAUUAGUGUUGAACAAACACCAAUGAUUAGAAAGUUAGUAGCAUGAGAUGCUCUAGGGAGUUGAACCUUUUUUUUUUGUCUUUCUCGUAUGGCAAUAGCAACAGGUAGCAUGACUCUAAUGACGGUUAGGCCUUUUUGUUUUCAUGUUUGAAUUGUUGUUUUCUGGUUUUAGAACGCAAUUUUACUGCAGACUGUGUUUAUUUUUCUCUUUGUUUCGCUCUCUAUCCCUUUAUUCUCUCCCCAUUUUAUGGUGCUUGCCCUUGUAAUUUUAUUUUCUUCAUCAUUACUAUUUUCAAUUUUAAUUACCCCUUCACGUUUUUUUACUCUCUUUCUUCUUCUAUUUCAGUCUUUAAUCAGCACACAAUCCACAAUGCAAUACCAUGGUCUCAGUUUUUCCCGUUUUCUUCAACCUUUCUUUCUAUAUAUGUCUACUAACACCUUGUGACCUAAACUAAAUUCAAUCCAACUUCAACAUGCUGUAGUUGAUUGCUGCAUUAUUAGUUGAAUUCCUUUCAGUUUUUUUUUUACGGGUAAUCGAUUUCUCCUUUGAUCGUUUAUUUUGUGAGAGUGAAUUAUAUGUAUCUACUUUAGUGUUUGUGUUGCUUGUAUGAUGGCACUGAGUUUUGUUGAUUUCAGAGACUGAAUUAUCGAUCCCUAAGCUCCGUUGACAGUUAGGAGUUUUGGAGUUUCUGAGUUUUUUUAUUUUUGAUUGCGGAGAAGGUAAGCUGCACUGCAUGCGUGUUGAGGUCACCUCUGCUCUGCUUUGGUAGAUUAUUCCUAUUGUUAAUGUUGGUUUUGCAGGUUUUGGAGUUGGAGAGUGCUAUGAAUUUGGGUGUGGAAAUGUUCGGGACGAGUAGAAGGCACAGGAGCGGUGGGCCUGUGGGACCCGUUUUGAUUUCGAAGCGUUUUGUUUGGCCUCACGGUGGAAGAAUGGUGUUUCUAACAGGUUCCUUCACGAGAUGGACAACAGUUAUACCUAUGUCACCCAGGGAAGGAUGUCCAACUGAAUUUCAAGUUAUUUGCGGCUUAACGCCUGGAUAUCAUCAGUACAAAUUUAAUGUAGAUGGUGAGUGGCGGCAUGAUGAGCAUCAGCCAUUUGUAUGUGGGGACGGUGGGACAGUGAACACUUUUUAUUUAGUGAGACAACCAGUUAUUUUGCCUCCUAUCGUAAAUGCUGAAACACCUGGUCGAUCCUACAUGGAGGUUGACAAUGAUGUCGUUGGGCAUGUGGAAGCUAAACCGAGGAUGUCAGAGUCUGAUCUGCAGGUCUCACGACAUCGUAUUUCGGUUUUCUUGUCUUCACAUACGGCUUAUGAGUUGCUUCCCGAGUCAGGCAAGGUUGUUGCCUUGGAUAUAACUUUACCAGUUAAGCAAGCAUUCCAUGCUCUUUAUCAAGAAGGAAUAUCGUCAGCUCCUGUGUGGGAUUCUAGUAAGUGCCAGUUUGUUGGAAUGCUUAGUGCUAUGGACUUCAUUUUAAUACUAAAACAGUUGGGGAUUCAUGGAUCAAACAUGACUGAAGAACAACUGGAAACACGUACUAUAGCAGCAUGGAGAGAGGCAAAGGAACAAGAAUGCGCAAUUGAUAGUAAAGGGAGAGCAUACCCUCAACAUUUAGUUCAUGCUGGGCCCCUUGAGAGUCUAAAAGAUGUUGCUUUAAAAAUUUUGCAAGACAAGGUGGCAACAGUUCCUAUUAUUCAGUCUUCUUCAGAGGAUGGUUCAUUUCCUCAGCUGCUACACCUUGCUUCCCUCUCAGAAAUACUAAAAUGUAUAUGCAGGCAUUUUAAGCACUGUUCGGAUUCCUUGCCCAUUCUUCAGCUACCAAUUAGUACGUUACCUAUAGGUGCAUGGGUGUCAAAAUUGGGGGAAUCCAAUAAACAGCCACUUGCUAUGCUAUGGCCACAUGCUUCUCUUGGCGAAGCUCUAUCUCUGUUGAUUCAAGCUGGAAUUAGCUCAAUACCAAUUGUGGAUAUUAAUUAUUCAUUACAAGAUAUGUAUUCAAGAAGAGAUAUUAUUGCGUUGGCUAGAGAUAAAAUGUAUGCAAGGAUAGAUCUGGAUGGGUUUAGUAUCCAUCAGGCAUUGCUUUUGGGACGAGAUGCAGGUUUUCCUUGCGGGCUGCGCAAUGGGCCGAGAUGUCAUAUGUGUUUGAGAUCUGACUCAUUACACAAAGUGAUGGAGCGCUUGACAAAACCUGGUGUUAGAAGACUUGUGGUUGUGGAGGCGGGUACCAGACGUGUGGAAGGUAUCAUUUCUAUUAGUGACAUAUUCAGAUUAUUGUUAUGCUGCUAGUUGCAUAAAGGGAAUUGCAGUGCUAGCCCUGGAAAGUACUUGUUCUAUGAAAACUAUUUAUUUAAAGAGUUAUUUAUGCCCCUGCCAUUGUGACCCGCUUGGUUUUAUAUAUAGGAUAGAAAUUGUUGAGAGAAAAGUACUGUAAAUUGAGGGAUUAGUUAUUUAUCCUUUAAACAACAUCACGGUGUCAUGAUUUUCUCCUUCGUGCCGGCACAAAUGCUUUGUUUGUGUCCUGUGCUAACAUAAAUCAAGGAGGAACCGAAAAAAAAAGGUAUUAUCAUUCCAGAUUUUUAUUA